GGUUGACUAAUUUCAAUGAAACAGGCCACCACUCGCAGGCUCGUGCUGUACGGCCGCAGCUCCUCGCUAAACACGCAGCGUGUCCUCUGGUGCCUGCACGAGACUGGCGUCCCUUUUGAUCUGAGGCUCACGAGCGCGACGCUCGGAGAGAGCGGCCGGCUCGGCGGCACCGCUUUCGGAGGCACCGAGGACCCGGGGUUUGUUCGCUGCUCGCCCUUCGGCCAGAUCCCCGCGCUCUCCGAUAGCGCCACCGGCGCGCAGCUGUGGGAGAGCGCCAGCAUCAUCCGCUACCUCGCCGCAGUCUACAAGCCGAGCCUGCUCGGGCCGGCCGUGCCGGCCUACAGGCCGCAGGAGGCUGGCUACCGGCUGGCGCAGGCUGCGCGCGCCUCCGCCUGGAUGGACUACCACCUCUCGACGUUCGCCCCGGGGGCAAACAUCUACGGCCACGACGACUUUAUGGGCAACCUCAUGACGCACCUCGUCAGGAUGCCCGCCGGCGGUGCACCCGUCACCGUCGCAGCGCACGGCGCUCAGAGGCAGAUGCAGUUCUGUGACGAGACCGUGGCGCGCGCGGCUGAGGCGGCGGCGGCGCAGUUUGGCAGGCUGGACGCGCAUCUGCGCUCGGCCGGCACGCCCUACCUGGCGGGCGACGAGCUCACGGUCGCCGACAUUCCGCUCGGCGUCGAGGCGUUUCGGUGGAGCUUGCUGCGGAGGCGGCUGCAGGCGGCGGCGGCGGCGGCGGCGGUCGACACGCCAUCGCUCGACGGGUGGCUCGAGCGGCUUAGGGGGCGGGUGGCGUUUGUGAGGGGUGUGGUGGAGCCGGAGGAGGAGCACCACGCGCCCACGCCGUGAGGACGGUCUCGGCUCUCGGGCUGUAGCUCUACUGGCCGGGUUGGAGGUUGAGCUUCGCGGGUUGGUGCAGGCGCCGCUCUCACUGCCUGAGCUGUGUGUGACCUCGAUGUGUGACCCUCCCUCCCUCCCUCUCCCUCUCCCUCUCCCUCUCCUUCGCAGCUUCGCUCCUUCCCUCUCUCUAUCUCGCUCUCUCUCGCUCCACAUCUCUGUCUCUCCGCUCUUGCUACUGGCAGACUCUCACUGUCGCGCUCACCGUCCCUCCUCUGGUCGGUCUCGCUGUCUCGCGCAUCGCGCUCGUACACGCGCCGUACGUCCAAGAUCCAGGUCCUGCAACCGCUGAGGUAUAGAGGUGUGUGUGGCGAGAUCAUGUUCAUGAUUUUCAUGUGUGGUACGUG